AUCACACCGGGCGGCUCUGAGCGCGGGAGAUGUUCACGCUCUAUGUGCUCGCGGUUCCUCUCUUCGGCGCUUAUGGCGCUCUGCUCUACGCUGAGCCCGGACACAACGUGACUCUCCCGUGUUUCUAUGUCACCACGGCCAACUAUCUGUGCUGGUACAAGCAGGUGGCCGGGGAGCAGCCUCACAUCAUCUCCUCGGUCUACAAGCACUUACCGGCCAGCAACAGCUUCCACAACCAGUUCAAAGGCAACAAGCGCUUUGCGGUUCACUUCGGGCCGGGGUUCUACCAUCUCAACAUUUCCAAGAUCCGGGCCUGGGAUUCAGCGAUGUACUACUGCGGCAGUACCAGCGUCGCGGUCACCGAAUUUGAUAAUGGAACUUUUUUGGUUUUGAAAGAGUCCAGCCGCAGGUCUUUCCUCCAGCAGCCGGCGUCCGACUCCGCGAAGCCAGGAGGCUCGGUGACUCUGAACUGCACCGUGCACACUGGAACCAGCGGCGCAGAACACAGUGUGUACUGGUUCAAAAAGGAGGAUUCAAGAAACUCCCACUUGGGAAUGAUGUACGUCCACAGCAGCAGCGGUCAGUGUGCACACAGCCUGGAGCCUCCUGCACUGAGCUGUGUGCACAGCUUGGCGAAGAGGAACGUGAGCCGGUCGGAUGCCGGGAUGUAUUACUGCGCCGUGGCGACGUGUGGAGAGAUCCUGUUCGGGAAAGGAACACGACUGGAGGUCAAAGACACUUUCCCUUUCUUGAUGCAAUGCUCAGUCGCAGCUCUGCUCGUGUCCGGUGUCUUGAACAUCGUCCUCGUGGGCGUCCUCUGCAAGAUGUCCAGGAGGAAACAUCUCCAUCCUCAAGUGCUGAAACCCCCUGUGAGUGUCCCAGAAGACACCUCUGACAGUCAGAAUGAGGAAUUUGGUGCGUUGCACUACGUAGCUCUGGACUAUAAGAAGAGCCAAGGCAAGAGCCGGAGGCACAGGAGCCCAGAGGUGGACACCAUCUACACUGUAGUCAGACGGUCUGACCUGAAGUGACCACACUGCAACUCCUGUAGUUUCAGUUAUUGUUCAAAUAUUUCUUAUUUUACCGGCCUGUUCGCUCCACUUUUCCCACUAUGGGGUCAGAUCAGUCUCAAUAAUUAUAAAUGCACACAGACAGAUUCACAAAGAUAUUCGAUUUACAAAUGCACACCGAAAAAUUCACAAAUAUAUUUGUUAAGUUUCCUCCUUUGGAUUUUUGCAAUUUCCCACUUGAGAAGAAAUAGAUCCGUCUACACACAUUUAAAAACUGUAAUUCCACUCAGACCACACAAACUAUUUACAUAGGUUCACUCUAAGUCAUGUGACAAUUCAUAUAACAAAAGCUUCAUUAAUUAGAAUGAGGUAAAAAAAAAAAUUCAACAGAAAAAAACACAUUUCAAUUUAACUGUAAAAAGCAAGCGAUUGUUUUUGAGACUCCCUUGCCGCGGCUGAAUUCACUAAAACAAAUGGACUCACUCUUCACCUUGAUGCCUUCAAACUUCACCAACAACUAUAUAAAGAUGCUCUCAACACCACUCACUCCUCUCAGUGACACACGGUCCCGGUUCUACUCCCACAUCAUUAACAAUAGCCCUGGUAACUCCAAGCAACUUUUCUCAACCAUUAAUCAUCUCCUUAAACCUCGGACCCCCCUACACUCAGACAACACGCAGGAGCGAUGCAACAGCUUCAUCUCUUUCUUCAAAACAAA